CCGAGAUCUUGGAUCGAAAGUAGUUCAGCCUAUCUGAAUAUAGAGAUUUGGGGAUUCGGAGGAAUGGGAUUUCCUGGUUGGGUGGAUCUCCAAACAGAUCCUUCUCACCCUCAAGCUUAGCCUUUCGCCCGAAUCGGUGCAGAUAGUUACAGGUGCGAUGUGUGUACGCAGUAGUCCUCCAUAGCCCGUACCCUGGUGCUCGGUCGUAUAUCUAGAGCUAGACUCCCGACUCCCGACUCCAGUUCUCCCUCUACUACCCAGGACUACUAUCACCUUGAGCAUCAUUCCUACCCACCAAGCCACCACAGGUAACCGCACAUUUCCACCAUGAAGGCCUCAGCGGUGAUUCCCCUCCUCGCCAGCCUCGCCAGCUCCAGUCCCGUGGAGCUUGGGGAGCGCCAGUCCUGCCCGGGAGUCCACGUCUUUGGGGCACGGGAGACGACGGCCCCGGCGGGCUACGGCACUUCCCAGGGCCUCGUCAACAUGGUGACCCAGGCCUACCCCGGCGCCACGGCCGAGGCCAUCACAUACCCGGCGUGCGGAGGCCAGGGCCAGUGCGGCGGAGUCAGCUACGACGACUCGGCGAACCAGGGCACAGCCGCCGUGGUCAAGGCCGUGACAGACUUCCACACCAAAUGCCCCGACACCAAGAUCGUGCUCAUCGGGUAUUCACAGGGCGGCCAGAUCAUGGACAAUGCCCUCUGCGGCGGUGCGGGUACAACCCUCACCGGUAACGCCCUCGCCGCAGUCAAGGCCGGCAUCUUCAUGGGCGACCCGCACAACAUCGCCGGCCUUCCCUACAACGUUGGCACUUGCACUGCCGGAGGAUUUGCGGCCCGCCAAGGAGGCUUCAAGUGCACUCCUGCCGACCCGACCAUCCUCCAGUCGUACUGCGACUCUACGGACCGGUACUGCUGCAAUGGAAACGAUGCGAACUCGCACCAACAGUAUGUCAACAAAUACGGCCAGCAGGCGUUGGCGUUCAUCAAGAAGCUGUUGGAUGCCUAG